AUGACACUUGCUGGGAGAAUGACUUCCAUCAAUGACACCCACUUCCAUCCCCCCUUGUUUCACCUGCUAGGAAUCCCAGGACUGGAAACUGUACAUAUCUGGAUUGCUUUCCCAUUCUGCAUUGUGUACCUGAUUGCCCUUGUGGGGAACAUCACCAUUCUCUUUGUGAUCAAGACUGAACACAGUCUCCACCAGCCCAUGUUCUACUUCCUGGCCAUGUUGUCUAUGAUCGAUCUGGGUCUGUCCACGUCCACCAUCCCCAAAAUGCUGGGCAUCUUCUGGUUCAACCAACAAGAGAUCAGCUUUGGGGGCUGCCUUGCCCAGAUGUUCUUUAUCCACAUGUUCACAGGAAUGGAGACUGUUCUCCUGGUGGCCAUGGCUUAUGACCGCUUUGUUGCCAUCUGCAACCCUCUCCAGUACACCAUGAUCCUCACCAAUAAAACCAUCAGCAUCCUAGCUUCUCUUGUUGUUGGAAGAAAUUUAAUUCUUGUGACUCCAUUCGUGUUUCUCAUUCUGAGGUUGCCCUUCUGUGGGCAUCACAUCAUCCCUCAUACGUACUGUGAGCACAUGGGUCUUGCCCGGUUGGCCUGUGCACCCAUCAAGGUCAACAUUAUCUAUGGGCUCAUGGUGAUUUCUAAUAUCAUUGUGGAUGUGAUCCUGAUUGCCUCCUCCUAUGUGCUUAUCCUUCGAGCUGUUUUCCGCCUUCCUUCUCAGGAUGCCCGGCUAAAGGCUCUCAAUACCUGUGGUUCUCAUGUCUGUGUCAUGCUGUGCUUUUACACGCCAGCUUUUUUUUCUUUUAUGACACACCGUUUUGGCAGAAACAUUCCCCGCUAUAUCCACAUUCUUCUGGCUAAUCUUUAUGUGGUUGUCCCACCGGCCCUUAAUCCGGUCAUCUAUGGGGUCAGGACCAAACACAUCCGAGAGAGAGUUGUGAAGAUAUUUGUACAGAAAUAA